AUGUGCCACAUCCAGCGGGUCUGCAACAGUUGCGGACAUAUUAACGACCACGUCUACCUCGUCUGCAACAUCGCCAAAGCCGCAGCUGACACGAAUGGAAAUGGUGAACCAUUCCAGCCCGGUCUCAAAAGUCUUACGCCGAAAACCAUCUGGGAUAAGAUUUCCCAGGAGGUUUUAGAUGUAUGGUGGAGGGAUGCGGCCGUGCAGACUAAACCGAAGAGGUCAACGAACUCUCUAACCCUCCUAUGA